CACCUAUGGUGGCCAGCGUGAACGUUUGUUUGAGGCGGCAGAAUUGGUGUGCUAACGGUUGAUGUGUUGUAACUAUAUUUGCAAACUAUUCAUAAACAGUCUCGCACAAUAAGAUGCUUAGAAACGUUGCCGUGAACAGUGCACCAUCGGUUACACCGCAUCACAAGUGACUCAAAGUUUUCUUGCAAGCCGGGGAACAAAAAAGCCAUGGAAUCCGCCACCUUAAAAGAUGCCGAGAACGCCGCUGCAAAAACGACACAAUGGAUGAAGCCUAAUGAUAUCCUCAAGCUUCGCAAGGCUGGCAGGCGUCGUCUGCAGCCUAGAGCUCUUCAACCAGUUAGCGUGAACGCCAUCAACAGUAGUACAAGUCUCCCCCUGAAGCGUGAAUUAAGCCUCAACCCUUUCCGGUGCCCAGUGCAGAAAAAGCCUCGGUUGGAAGACGUUCACCCCCUGCUGCACCGAACAACAGCACCUCCUACUGUGUCGCCGCAGAGACUCACGGUUACAAAGGUUGCUGUUGACUCCUAUGAUGAUGAAACACGCCACUCUCUGGUGGAUGGCGCAAAGAUUGAACAGACCAAACAGUCGGCAAGACUGCCGGGUCUUCCCCUGGACUGGAGCCUGAAGACACGUCUGCGCUUCUGCUCGGCCAGCCACUUCCCCUGGAGUGGGAGCCUCAAGACGUGCGAGGAGGCCAGUGGGACCACGGGAUUUGUGCGGGGCAUCCACUCUGAGUGCUGCCAGGAGUCUGCAGCUGAGCGAGGGAGCCUGGACAGUAGCCCGCAGGCACGCUUCCACCAGCACUGUCUCGUGUGGAUGCACCCGCACCUGCCCUGGCUGCGGCUGUUUCCCCGCCACGGGGUGAUGGCCAAUGCGUCAGUGUCCAAGGAGGCCACCUCCCUGUUUGCCGACCCCGCCAGCCCUGCCCGGGCGGCUCUACAGGGGGACUGGGCGCAGGGUUUCCGCUCCCUGUACCAGCUCCUGCGUGCCCGCCAGUGCCCCUACUUCUACGUCUGCGCGCCCACAUUCACUGUCUUGUUCCGGGCUGCGGGAGUGGCUGGCUUGGCCGAUCUGCACGCCCUACUGACGCCGACUACACGAGGCCUCAGGCAGGCACUUCGUGACGAAGGGAUUACGUUCAGCAUGCCUCUGUGCUCCAGCCAAGAACAGAUGGAUGAGACAGUAGAUGGUGCCUCACAGUCACCGCCUUCCGAAGCCAAGAGCGACGGUCAAGACGAGAAUGUACCAGAAGAGGAAACAGUGACCUGGUUGGAAAGCUUGGGCCUCAGUCAAGCUGAUUUUCCUUCCCUCAACACGACACGGAACAAAAUGCUGGACGAGAGCAGGGAUGACCGCAGACCUAGGUCGCUGGUAUUUGUCGAGCGGGGAGAGACGCUGGCCCUGUUCAACUUCCUUCUCAACAGCCGCGCCUGUGUCUGCCCAACGGGGCCCCUGGCCGGUGUGCCACCAACGCUCAUUUCACCUGUGGCCUUCCACGGAGCCAGUUUGCGCUCACUCAAGGUGCGUCAAGGCUGGGUCAAGCAAAAUGACACAGAACUACACAUGGUGGAGAUGAGUGGACCUAUCCUUCCCAGUGCUCUGCAUGGCCUGUGUACCCUGUUUGGGAGCAGCCAGGACAGGGGGGCCUUCUCGUUUGUGGCAGCACCCGACACUCCCACGGCAGCCUUCAACGCCUUCCACCCUCAGCCAUCAGCUGCACCUGCUGCUUUCGCAACUGAGGCGCUCAAGGACUGCGGUCUGUCACUGCCCUUUGUGCAGCGGAUGUGCGGGAAACCUGAUGGACCGACACCUGUGCUCACCCGCGUCCAAGUCGAGGACGGCAGCUAUGACAUCUCUGGUUGCCUCUAGCAAUGCCAGCUUUGAGCUGGAGCACUGUUCGAGAAACUCGGUGGUUUUGUUAUCAUUGCUUGUGCCAUUAGGAUUGGGACCGUCAAGGCAGUCAUGAUGCACCAAUUCGAGGCUGUGGGUGUUUGCAAGCAUUGCUUGCUGCCUUUGCAGCUUCUGUGGAGACCCACUUCCGCGCCUGUGAGAUAGGACAGUGUGUGCUUCAUCUCACUGCUUUUUUGCAUUUGGGCUGAGAGACCGACUUCAUGACCAGCCUGAAGACUGGCGAAACAGCACCUUACUGGCCUCUUCGUCAGGACUCGUUUGUUUUAUGCCCAAACACUUGUGUAGGUGACAGUUGGGGAUCGACCACAAGCGUUUUACCGUGUUUUAAAGACUAUGGCACGGGACUUGCUUAGUUGUGAUGCAGGUGUUAUUUGUUUUGUUGGGCUUCAGACCAUCUCAGUAGUUUCCCACAGCAAUGUGAAGGCUACAAAAUCUUCCGAGGCUGUUGUUGCACGGUGCAUAUAGUGUUUGCAAGGAACACUUGGUGCUUGUACCUACGGCAACAAUACACAGAUUGACAUAUGUAGUGAUGUAGGAAUAACCUUUUAUGAGCUAUGGAGAUGCGUCGAACAAUGUCUUCAGAACUUUUAUUUCUUAUGCAAAGGUGCAAGAAUACGAAAUAGUUUUAUAUCUUUGUUGUCUGACAAAUUAGAGAUAAAACUGUCCACCACCGAACAUAUUCUAUUUACAACCUGAGAAACAGUUCAACUCAUGACUGUAGCAACAAAAAGUGAAUAUUUAUUGAAAACAGUAUAGUUUAACAGUGGACGUCGGUAACUGGGUAGUGUGCUGCAUUGUGCCAUAUGACGUCAGGUGUGUUGCCUGCAGUGUCAACGAUGUAUUGCUGGAAAGCCAGUUUGUGUACGAAGGUAGUGAACUAAGAGAGCCCUGGAAAGGACUUUCGGAGCAGAGAGGCCAUAUGUUCUAUUACCAAGAGGGCACCAGCACUUACAAAUGUCGGUGAAUGCUCAUGUACCAUUGGCCUGCCAAGUAUGACCAGGCUGGGGAAGUGCCGUUGGCCAAAAAGCGCUUGCGCAUUAGCAUAGAGAGAAAGUGCAUGAAUAGGGUGGGCGACAUUGACUUCAGUGUGCUGCAGCGUGUUUGCAGCUUCUACCGUAGGAAUGAACUAUGCAUGUUGAUGUUAACUGCAGGGAGUCAUCCCAGGCAUAAGCAGAUGAUAGGGCAUGGAUCAACACAUUCUCGAUGACGUUCACCCUACACGUUGGCCAGCAACAUUUGUAGCCUCUACACUGCUGCUGGGAACUAUGUCGAAUCGAAUACGAAGUAUGCGGGUAUUACAAAUUGUCGGAUAUAAUGAAGUAAAUCUAAAAAGUUUCUUACCAAUAUCCAGCAUUUAAAAGAUAUCUGCUUAUAAUGAAUAUUUGAUAUAUCGAAGGUAUUUUAGUGUUGAAUUGGACUUCGUUACUACGAGAUUCGACUAUACUGGGGUGGAGUGUAGGUGCUUCAUAGUGCCCGUUUUGUUUUGUCAUAAAUUUGUGUCAUGCGAGAGGCAAUACUGGUAAAAUGUUAAUGGUAUUUAUGUGGGCGACAUGUGCUGGUUGAAUGUAGUGUCUGGUACUUGCAGCGUGUGUGGGAAGCUCUUGUCAUGUGGUGUGAUGCUCUGUUGCACUUUGUGUGGCUCUGAGAAACUUGCCUGCAGUGCUGUGUUGAUCACCAUUUGUCAAAGCUUUGCUCUACCUGAUGGCUACUGUGUACAUUUUGAAUUUUGUGUGUUCAGCAUUGAGCAUUUUUUAUCAAUGUAACAUUGCGAGCAGCUUUUGUUAGUUUAAAGAGUGACAAGUAGCUUUUUAUUGCUAUAGAAAUUAUAUGGACACUCCAAAGAGGAUUUAUGCUGUCGCCGUCGCCAUGAGGUUCCGUAUUAUGUCGAUGGCGAUGAAAUCGGCACCGCGCUCCGGACGCUGUAUGUGUGAGUGAAAAGGCGCGAGGGACGCGUGCCUUCACGUGGAGCGAACGCACGCCCGAGAGCAAACGCGCGUUCUGCGCCGUGCUCCCUGAAGGGCUGCAGAAUUAUGCGUCUCUUUCUUCCUUUACAAUCGCCAUAUAUAGAGAGCAAACGCGACUUGCGAUAGCAAAUUGGUAGAGAGCUAUACGGAGUAAGGAUAGUAAUUUUAUCAGCUGCAUAAACUAGGACAUGCAGCAGCACCAGCAAUGUGCAGACCUUCUGCGCGACAAACCGUCACGCAGAAGGCUGUGGGGGGACGGGAGGGAGGGGAGGCGACGUUUAGCUGCGGCACCAAAUGCGUAUUUAAAUAAAAACGUUGCGAGGCAAGAAGGUGGGUAAGAUUUCCGACGCAGCUCGACGAGUGUCUCAUUCUGAUCUCGUCAAAAACGUCCGAGCCGCCCCCAGAGGCACAGGCAACAGUCACCAAUGCCGCGCGCGUUUGGUGUGAACGCAGGCAAAACGCCGACAACGCCGACACCGUCGACGACAGUUCUGUGUGUUGCUGGUGUUGCUGCAUGUCCUAGUUUAUACAGCUGAUAAAAUUACUAUCCUUACUCCGUAUAGCUCUCUACUAAUUUGCUAUUGCAAUUGAUGCUUUGCCUUUCGGGUGAAACUGCGACAAUUUUUUUCUUUUUGCAAUCAGUUGUCUAUGGUAAAACUUGAACCACAGGUUGCUUCAUUGCGUUUUUUGCUUUGUAGUAACGUUGGGUCAUUUUUGUGCAGUUGCAUGGCGUGAGCAGGCAUUAUUACUGGGUAGGGGAUGAAGUCACGAUGGUGUUUGUUCUAGAAAGCUUUCACAGUGAUUGCCCCCAUAUUGAAUGUACGUACAUGCAGCAGUGCUCAGAAUAUCGAGACUGUCUUAUAGGCAACGUGUGACGCAGGUCUGCAGCUGUUUUGUUGUGGAAAACCAAGUGAAUUGAGAGCCUGUAUGUGGGUGAUUAGAUGAGGUAGUGGAUUUUAUUUGUCAUGAUAGCUCAUGUGGAAUGCAAAAGACAGAAAGAGGAAUCAAAAGAAUUUUGCUGAGAUCUGUGCAGGUUUCAGCUGCUACACAUCAGAGUGAAAAGCUGCCAGUAUAUUUAUGGUUUACAGCUGCACUGCUCUACCUUACCUUUGGCAAAGGAGUCAACGACAGCACUUAACCCCUUCCGUGCUGUGCCAUUAUCGCGAUUGCUGACCAAAAGGGGCCAAAUUAUUAUUAAAAAUUUCAAAUUCCAAAAUGUUUUAGUUCCUCGGAAAGAAUAAAUUUGUUUCUGCUUGCGUGCUGUCCUAUGAAUUGUGUGUUGCCAUCUACCUAAAGCACUAAGCACCAAGACGAAUGUAGGCUUGUCCAUGACAUUGCUAGAAAAUACAAAGUACUGUUGUCGAGCCGAGCUCGUCCUUGGCCAUUUUUACCGGAAAAGCAUGGAUGAACCCAACUUGUCCAAGGUGCGGAAAGGUUUAAGGUACAAGGCAACCCACUGUGGUCACUAAUUGGCACGAGGUCACAGUUUCAAUUUCCAGCCAUGGUUGCUGCAUUGCAAUGGAAAAAUGCUUUUGUUCUUGAAUUUUGGUGUCCAGUUAAAUUUCAACCCUAGGUUGAAAUUUAACCGGAGCCCCCCCCCCCCCACUACGGCAUUCCUCAUUGCCCAUGUGUUGCUUGGGUUGAAGUUGAACACAAUAAUUUGAUUUCGAUAAGAGUGCAAGGUCCGCAAGUUGUGUGUGUGCCAUAUUGUAAAGGUUUUGCACGUGCAUACACAAAAACGGGCUAGACCGACGCUGAGUGCGACCAAAGACUUGUUCGCUGUAAAUAGAAUGUGCGAGGGCAUGUAGACAGCUACCACUGGUGUCUGCUGAAGGCGUUGCACAAUGCCGACUCUUGCUCACUAGUGAAUGAAAGAGGAGGCUUGCGGUUGUGCUAUUACACUAGGGAAUGCUAUGCGAUGGACAUCGUAACUUGCUCCUUCAAGGUAGACAGUUUAAUUGUCAAGGCAGGGAACAAGCUGCAAGCGUUUGGUAUGUCCUCCCUUCAAGGCAAGUGGCACAGUAGGCUUGCAAGAGAAGAGCAGUAGUCAUCCAAAUGGGGACGGAACGGAAAUGCAGCGCCAAGAGUUUGUAAGCAAAGUGAAGUGGCUUUGAACUCGAGCACAAAGAAAUGUGGAGGCUAGCCGGUUAUGGCAGAGAAAGUGAAGCAGGCCAAACUAAGGUCUGGGAGGGAGAACUUUAAAACGGUGCAGAUGUUCAUGGUAAGACCGUGACUAUGACCAGCAAGACCGUGAGUAUGAGAAUAGUACUUUUAGUGUGGUGGUGUGGCAUGCCAAAAGGUUUGGUGCUGAACUUUAUGGACGACUAUUUCCUUACAAUUGCAAGUCUUCCUUUAUUAUAAGCCUGUUCUGAAUAUUGAGGUAUUGUAUUUCAUUGGUGUAGUUAAGUAGUGUGAUGCAUUAUUACCUUAUGUGAAAUGACGACCCAUCUGGCUUUCGUGUUUUAAAUAAAAAUUGUCACCUUACUUUUUACGUCUAACCUCCUGAUGCAAAUUUCACAAGUUUGCUUGAUAUGUAUGUAGCUGAUUGUUUAAAAAGGAAGACACAAUUAUGAUUCAUUAUACCAACACUCAUCCGUGUUAUGUCUGUGUAGGCUUGUGUGCAUCUGUUUGUGUUGUCACGACAUUGUUGCUGAGGUUGCGUGGUCAUCCAGUGUAAUUUGUCCCCUCGUGACAGUUGUGCGAUUGUAAAAUGUGUGCUGGUGUUAGCGUCGUUGUGGUUUUAAUGGUACAUGCGGUUGGCUGAAAUCGAGCGCUCUGAACAUAUUAAUUUGUUGUUUUUUUUUUUCAGACUGUUACCCUCCGACUCUUUGUGCUUGAAUGUUUUCCCCACCGUCACCCUCAUAGCAUGACCGAGAUCCACUCUUGUUCCGGUCACAUGGCUGCUGCAGCUUUUGUUGUUGGCGUGCCAGCUGUUCUUUUAGAACAGAAGCAGCUCCGACACUUUUUUUGCUUCCAGCAUCUGAUCGCUCUGGCGAGCUGGUGAACAUUCGUCUCGGACAUGGUUUCUCCGACUCCAAUCUAGAGUGGGCUCCGCAUUGUUACGGUCAAAGUCGGAAAGCAGUAAGAACCAACCGUAUGUACCUUAAGAUGACGUGGAGGUGUUAUUCAGCUGAUUGUGUUUGUAACUUUAGUUAUUUGUGUCAAUUUUGAAUGCAAGUGUUUAUAGUACACAAUUUUAUUCUAUUCCUUUUUUUUUUUAUACGCCUGUGAUUCCAUGGUUGUUUAAAAUGGCGGUUGGCUCAUGGAACAGCCAGUCAUAGUUCAACAAUGGUCUCCUUUACCAGACGACUGGCAAGGGAAUUUGCAAGCACUGCCUUAAGUGACAUUGUAUAAAGAUCAUCAGUACAACCAGUGCUGUUUUAUUUCCAUCAUCUUUAAUCAUUUUGCGUGUGAGCACUCGGGAAGUCUUACACAUUCAGCAUACUUCACAUAGCCAUUUUCGGGCUUUACGCCUUAGUGUCUCUUUGACUCAUCAUCACGGGCUGUCUGAGGCUGCCUGCUUUCAGCCUGGUGUAUGCAAUGUUUCGGGUAGUCUUGUACGACAAAACGAAGGGAUUCUUGGAGUAAAGGCACUCAUAUUUUGCUAGAAUGUGUUUUUGUCGAUUUGUAACUUGAAAAGCAGUCCUGCAUCAUGAACUCAUCACAUGACGAAAAUGUAGUUAGUCUUCUUUUGUUCUGGCUUCACUUCAUCCCCUCAUGUUGCACUUUUCACCUUCUCAGCACUGAUGGGUAUGUUUGGGUGGGAGUUUUCUACUGUUUUGUUUACAGCAUAUGUGGACAGAAAUAAACUAUUUAUUUUC